GGAGGUCGGGGCAGGGAGGAGUGGGGUGGUGGUGGUGGGAUGUGGCAGACGCUGUGGGGUGGAGCUGCUUUCUCUUCUCUCCGAGCCUCGCAACUUGACUUCUGGUACAGUAGGAGCGCUGGCCAUACAUACACGCACGCGCGAGGGGUAUCUGCCGUCUUGUACGUAGGGAUUCGCCGGGGAGCAGCGAUAAACGGGGGUCUGCAGCCAAACAACUGCUCUUUGUACAAGUCUUAUGUACAGCCCUUUUGUCAAUCCGCACUACUCGAUGAGGGCCACAAAGACGGAGGAGCGAGGUCUUGGCCGGAAAGAUUAGCAAGCACGGCGGUGGCGGCUGAGAUGGACUGCUGCGGCGGGACUGCGGGAUCUACGUGGCCAAGGUGGACUUGGACGUUGUCCACCUUCGCGACGCUGAUCCUGCUGAGCGUGGCUGCGGUGCGUGGCCAGGCGAGCAAGUCGUCGAUUCCGAGGAUCAAGCUGUCUUAUCAGGAGCUGCAGGCGACGAACAGCACAUGGAGCUUCGGCGGACUGUACGACACGGAGAGCUACCACCCCUUCCUGAUGGACGAGGAGAGAGGGCAGCUCUACCUUGGGUCCCGUGACUACCUGUUCGCUCUCAACCUGGAGAACAUCAGCUCAGACCACCGGAAGAUUUUCUGGCCCUCGGCGAGCGAAUGGAAGGACGACUGCAGAGCGGCCGGGAAGGACCCCAAAACGGAGUGCGGAAACUACGCGAAGGUUCUGCACCACUACAACCAGUCGCACCUGCUGGCGUGCGGCACAGGCGCGUUCCAUCCCGUCUGCAACUACGUGGGAGUGGGCCGCAGGGCCCGGCCACAGGACCGGGAGUUUCACAUGGACAUCAACCACGGGGAGGGAGGAAAGUGGAAAAGUCCAUUUGACCCCACGAUCCCCAUUGCCUCCAUCCUCGUGGAGGGAGAGCUGUUCAGCGGAAUGGCGACCGACUUCAUGAGCCGGGACUUCGCGAUCAUCCGGAGCCUGGGAAGCCGACACUCGGUGCGCACCGAGCAGGACAACUCACGCUGGCUCAACGAGCCCAAGUUCGUGUCGGCGUUCUGGGUUCCCGAGAGCGACAACGCCGACGACGACAAGGUGUACUUCUUCCUGCGCGAGACGGCGCUGGAGGGCGAGUUCGCCGGCAAGGCCACAUACUCGCGCAUCGCCCAGCUGUGCCGCAACGACAUGGGCGGCCAGCGGAGUCUCGUGAACAAGUGGACGACCUUCCUGAAGGCCCGGAUCGUGUGCUCGGUGCCCGGCGGCGGCGAGGGGGUGGACACUCAAUUCAACGAGCUGCAGGACAUCUUCAUGAUGCCAACGCGAGAUCCCAAAAACCCCAUCUUCUACGGGGUCUUUACAACGUCGAGUCCCAUUUUCCAGGGCUCGGCUAUAUGCCAGUACACCAUGGCCGACAUCAGGCGCUCCUUCCUGGGGCCGUUUGCCCACAAGGAGGGUCCCAAUUACCAGUGGGUGCAGUAUCAGGGCAAGGUGCCCUAUCCCCGCCCCGGCACGUGCCCGAGCAAGACGUUCGGCGGCUUCGCGUCGACGCACGAGUACCCCGACGAGGUGCUGAGCUUCGUGCGGAGCCACCCGCUCAUGUUCUCGCCCGUACACCCGUCGAGCGGGCAGCCCAUUGUGGUGCGCACCAACGUGCCCUACCGCCUCACCCGCAUCGCCGUCGACCACGUGGAGGCCGACGACGGCGCCUACGACGUCAUGUUCAUCGGCACCGACGUAGGCACGGUCCUGAAAGUCGUGCUGGUGCCCAAGCAGACGUGGCAGGACCUGGAGGAGGUGACCCUCGAGGAAGUGCAGGUGUUUAAGGAGCCCAUGCCUAUUCUGUCAAUGGCAAUAUCACCGAAGAGGCAACAGCUGUACGUGGGCUCGGAGACCGGCGUCACUCAGCUCGCCCUGCAGCGCUGCGGCAUCUACGGGAAGGCGUGCGCCGAGUGCUGCCUCUCGCGGGACCCGUACUGCGCCUGGGACGGGCACUCGUGCUCGCGAUACUUCCCCUCCAACAAGAGGCGAUCCAGACGUCAGGACAUCAGGAACGGAGAUCCCAUGACCCAGUGCUCUGACCAGUUCCACAACUACAACCCGGACGCGGCGGUGUCUGGCGAGAGGGCGGUGUACGGCGUGCAGAACAGCAGCAUGCUGCUCGAGUGUGCCCCGCGCUCCCGGCAGGCCCGCGUCUUCUGGCUCCUGCAGAAGGGACAGAACAUCGAGGAUCGACAAGAGGUGAUCCCGAGCGACCGGGCGAGCGUGACGGAGCAAGGUCUGCUCCUGCGCGCCCUGCAGCCCGGCGACUCGGGCCUCUACCUGUGCAAGGCGGAGGAGCACGGCAGCUUCGUGCAGACGCUGGCGCGCUUCUCGCUCUACGUGCUCGACGCCUCGCAGCUCGAGGGCGUGCUGCUCCUGCAGGACGUGAGCCGGGCCAAGGGCGGGCCGGGGGGCGACGCGGCCGGCGCCCCCGGCCACAGGUCCUGGUACCGCGACGUCAUGCAGCUGCUGAACCACGCGGAGCUGCGGCCGGGCCUGCGCGAGCUGUGCGAGCGUUCGUGGUGGCGCCGGCAGCAGCAGCAGCAGCAGCACAGGCCGCGGGUCGUCCUGCCGCCCGGCACGCCGCGCGCACACCUGCAGCCCCGCCACGUCAAGUCCAAGCAGCUGCGCGAGCUGCACAGGGCCCGCAACCGGCGCACGCAAGAGAACGAGAGGAGUCCGCGCAGCGUUUGACGCGACGGCUCUUUCCCUCCUUCCCCCCUCCACCCCUUCGCUGCCGUUGGCCCCGCCGAGGAGGGGCCCGAGACGAGUGACUCUUCCCGUUUUGCGUUCUCGGUAUUUGUUUUGUGUGGAGCGCGCCACCAACCGGUAGGGACGGGCGAACACAGCAGGUUCGUUGCCCCGAGCAGGCCGAUGAGUAAGGGUUUCACUCGAGCCAAAUGGUUGCGUACGGUUUUCGUAUUGCAGGUUGCAGAAGGACCGCUUUCGACCAGUCCUCACAUCCACCCCCCCCGCUCCGCUGCCAUGUCACCCUGUACCGGCCAAAUUGAAUGUCCCAUUUUCUGUGCGGCCACUGGAGUGCCUGUGACCAUGUAACGCUGUUUUUUUCCGUGGUUCAUCAGAGCCACGCCAUGCGCACGCUGCGCACUGGAAACAAAUCCACACACACCCACACGACGGGGCGUAUGUUGAUUGCGAAAGCUCAAUUGUAUUUGUGCGUGGGCUUCUUUGGUGGUACAUGGUGAUGAUACGGCGUGUAUCCAUUCCGUUUUGUGCGGGAGUGAUGGUGAGAUUUGGUCGAACUCGACGAUAAUAUUAAGGUGCUUUUAUUUUUACAUUCGAGGGCCACAGCAGUUGAAAGGAAAUUUGUUUCUGCACAAAAGGGACACAUUGGGAAAGUGAAAUGCAAAAUCACGUGCAGUGUUAAACGCAAGUUUACGCGCAUGGAUUUCCACAAUUUUAAUUGCCUUUCAUUCCCAGUUUAACGAUUCUAGGUUAUUUCAAACAUACGUCGGAAUCAUACAUGUGUACGAUGCCCUGAGUUUCAUGUAGUAGAGUGUCAAGUAUUACUUUUCAAACCAGUUAAAAUCAAAUGAUAUUGAGAGGAAUAAUCCCUCAUCAAUUAUUCAGUCAAGCUUUCGUGCGCACCUAAAGUAAAAACGUCUCAUAAACCGCGACAGUUAUCGUUUUCCCCUAAAUCAGUCAUUGUAAGCAACUUGCACGUUGAUAACUUGAUAGCAAGUGGAGAUAAAUAAACAUCUCAACAUAGAUUUAUUUUAUUUUUCUAAAUGAAUGUUCCAUUUGCAAAUAAGAUUAUAUACGUGACUACGAUAUUAACGGGUGAGAAAAAUGGAUUCCCCUCCCCCGCCCCCCUUAAUUAAAUAAGUUAACGACACGAGCUAUGUGGUCAAAGGCACUAGAAGCGUAACUUUGCCAAAUACUCCUAGGACCAGCGAAUUGACAUGGGCCCUGAAUCUGUGUGUACGUGCCAUCAUGCAGCGUUGGACGCAGCUGUGCGUUAAGGUAUAAAUGUUCACUCUUACAGUACUAUAACCGCGUGUCUCUUCUCUCAUUAUCAUACAGGGCGUCCGUACAUUUGUGCAGUGACGAUGGCAAUGCGUAGGGCAGUAUCAGCCACGUGACACUAGUUCAGUGAAUCGAAGUAAUAAUCAUUUGUUUGGAAAAGAGAGAGGUUUACCUGUUUUUAAAAGCUAUAGCGUCGAUGUCGUAAUUUAUUCAACUGUAAAUAUUUAUACUCAGUCUGUCAGUGCCACACCAGUUCACAUGCUCUUGUUCAUUUUCGGUGAUUUUAUUUUUGUAGUUUGUUUUUGUUUUGUUCAUCAUACUUGUCACGUGAGGGAUGCUGCCAGUGGUGUAAACGGUUCGCACACUGGAUCAGCAAUCCGGAGGUCGCCGGUUUCAUUCUCCCGACACAGCAGUCGCAACAAUAAGGGCGGGUUUCUUAAAUCUGCAACCCCCAUCCCACCCAGCAGCAUCAAUGGAUGAUCAAUCGUAGUUCUUCGAACGGCAAGGUCACGUGAGGUGGGGUAAAGUGUGGGUACUACCGAGUCCUUCCAAGGUGGAUCGCCAGCAUGGAAGUGGAGGACUCGAUAAGCGUUCCCCCUAGUGGUGGCCCUCGCCAGCAGUGGCAUGAGUGAGCAGUUGCAGGGCUGCGCCUUUAUCUUUUACGGGCAUGUAGUUCCUUGUCUAGAGGUGUGUACGACAAGUGGCACCUUGUUUGUGUUAACACAUUAAUUAGGUUUAUUUUUACACAAUUAGGUUAAAGAACAACAACAAAAAAACAACCCGCGCAUUUUGUGAAAUCAACCAAAGUGGAAACGUAUUCUUGGUUCUGUUGGUAAAGUCACGUAGAAGGGAAAUAAUAAAAUAAUACAGAUAAAGCAAUAAAAUAAUGUAUUGUUAUUUUAUUAUUUCCCUUCUACGUGACUUCACCGAAAGAACCAAGAAUAUGAAUCCCUGCAGUCACGAAAACUUUAAAUCGAAAUUCAAAGUGGAAACGUUUACCUUGCGAUUACGGUCGCUGCUGUUGCUUGCCCUUGUUACUGGUGAGUGAGGUUGAAUGAAAUCCUCAAGGGUCAUCGCUGGCAUCAACCUUUACAACGCAAUGGUUUUCUUUUUUUGUCGCAUUUAUUUUUUUUAAGUCGAACGUUCUCCCCUUGCAGACGUGUAGCGUUUACUCAUUAACACUGAAGGUGCAGAAAGACCGCAUUAAUUCACUUUGACAUUUUAAAAGCAUGUGGGCGCAGUCAAACCUAUACACUCAUAAUGUACGCUUGCUCGAAAUCUAAAAAAGCAUGAUAUCAACAUUUCUAAACACGCAUCGCAAAUUUCUUUUUUUGUAAGUUGAAACGAGUUGUUUAAAAAAAAAAUGUAAUUCACGUUCGAAAUGUUAAACCUUAACAUAAUACUAAUAAAAUGAUGUUAAGUUUGCCAGAAGGGAUUUAACAACGUUUGAUUCUAAUUAAGCUUGUUUAUGUAAAUAUAAUUUGUUGGAAACUGCCAGAGACACGCGCCUUUCCCAGAACCCAGGCUGAGGAUUCAGUGCCAUUCUGCCUUCGAGCCUCUACCAAGGGUACCAACUCUUAGAAGUCGGCGGGAGAGUCUGUGUAGACUGCCUUCUAUGUCCAGGGUGUUCAGACCAACUUCAUCCUUAAUGUCUAUGGUUGUUGAUAAAGCUUUGUGCGGAAUUAGUUGGACAGCAGUUUCAGUUUUCAGUUGCAUUUAUUUGGUAUAGCCCUGUGAGCCAUUCGGCUCUUGAAUCGGGUGCAACCGCAACAAACAAAAACAUGAACAAGAAAACAUCUUAAAGCGACUACGCGCAACAGACAAAAUCCAGGAAAAAAAACAGCAACGUCUUCCAGAAAAAGCACCGAAUAUCAAUGCUGUGUGCAAAAAUCCCAGUGGAAUGCAAGUCAAACAACAACAACCAUAAGACAACCAUAAGCAGAAUUGCAUUAAUGCCGGCUCCGUUAUAAUUUGGCAUUUUUUUCCGAUCCGGGUUGGGCCUAACCUUAUGUUUGGUUUAGCCACCUGUUACACAACCAAUCAUCAGUUCGAUUCUGUUCCCUGUGUUGCCGAUAGACGUUAACUGAUGGGUGUGGCUUGGUGACAUCAUCGGCAUCAUCAGCCGCAUCUCACUGGGCGAGGCUUGUAGGGGGUGUCCCACCUUGCUGACUCUAGUCGAUCUUAACUGUGGGAUGCUGGUUCUCGUGUGCAGGCAAAAUAACAACGCAGAUCGAUUGAUUGAGCCUGGAGUCACGGUGAUGCAUGAGCCACAUUAAUUGUAGCCGCGACCUCUGUGGGAUGCCCUCGCUCGAACGUUGCCUUACACGUAAACUACAGACACGUGCUUUAUGAAGUUUAAAAACAUGACCAAAAUGUGUGUCUUUGCAUCCACUGUAUAGGGUGAUGCAUAGAUACCGAAAUGAAAUCAACAGGAAGAAAUUACAGAGACAAGAUUAUGAUUUCAAGCCUCUGUAUGUUUCGCCACCGUGAAUCUCAAGAUACACAUUAAAUCUCAGAGCACUCUCCGUCAUUGCGAAGUGGAGCCGUCGCUUUUGCAAUGCUGCAUUCAAUCGCUGGUUGAGGUGGAAGUAAGAUGAGCGUCUUUCGGGGUGAAUGAAUCACUGGGGUAUCGAUACAUGGAAUUGCCCUGUAUACAUCACGUCGUUCGUAGACUCCAGGAUGAAGGGGUAAACUGUGUUUGCCGGUUCCGCAAGGUUUGAUUCAUUAAACCACCAAGGCUGCUGUAACGCUAUUCCCCGUUGUGAAGAGCCUCGAUGGUGGAGCUGACCACGAGGGCAAAGCUUUGCUGGUGUAGGGUACGUGCCAGGUUUUGUACGGAGUGAUACAUAACCUUACUAUUUACUUUGAGACGUGCUACAAACGUUCUGGGGGGUGGUUAGGGUUGUUUUGUACAUGGAAAUGAUAGAGCUUUUUAACAAAAUAAUUUCACACUUAUUUCUGUCCCCUUAAAUGUUUAUUUAAUUAGGCGCGCAACUGUUGUUCUUUUAAGGUGUUGGUAUUUUUUGUUUUGUGUAUAGGUUUGUGUUUUCACGCGGUACUAGACAAAUCGAUUUUCUAUUUAUUGUAAAUACUCUGUAGGACACCAUUGCUUUUGGACAUACUCGGUUGAAAAUAUAUCUCACGUCAAACAGAAACCGUUAAAACGAGGACAAAGUGGUGGUGCUCGAUACGUUUGGCCACAAGAAUGGGCACGGCUUCAAAAAGGAAGAAAAAAACCCCCAGCACAUAUUAAGAGGCCCAAAAAACGUAACAUUUGUUGUGACACAACAUCAGCUGGAAGUAAGUAUAUUAUGGCCCUGCCAUGCAGAGUUAAACGGCUUCGGAAAUGAAUCUAACAUCGUUAAUGCUGUUGAUGCCCUUUUCGCUGUCUUCGCUCGACUUCAAUCUGAACGAAGAUCCGGCCCACGUUCUGUAUUCGCAAACCCCUUGUUUAAGAGCGAUACUCUGCUGACACCGCUGUUUAUCCUCGGCGCACGGAGAGCUUGUGCAGGGAAGAGUUUGCAAUAGCGGGAGAAGAAGUUGGCAGGGCACUUCGAUCGGGCUGGUGGGAUGGGGAACAAGAUGAAAACAACCUCUGCUGAUAAAGGCGGUCCACAUCCAAUUCACAGAAAUGCCACUGCGCCAGAUUCUGAGACAUUUUCAGCUGUGUAUGUCUUAAGUAAAAUUAGAUGACACACAUUUAAAAAAUAUAUAUCACAGUCAUGAACUAUAAACAAGUAACGUCCUAAACCGACUAACGCGUGUUACAAAUGUUCAUUAAUUGUCCGGAUCCUCAUAACCACAAUGAACUGAUGAACAACAAACUCAAUAAAGGCUUUUCGUUGUUACCA